CUGGUCAGUUGAGAACCUGCACGGAUGCCGCGCGGUCAGCGCAAGCCUGUGGCGCAUUACUUAUAAGUACACAUUAGUGUUAAUGAGUUGUGACUAAGUGAAAAUGCUACCAAAAUGGUUAAUACCAGCGCUGGCUUGUUUAUGUGUGUGUGUGGAAGGACAAUCAUGUUCUACCGCUGACAACAAGAAUGGCGAUUGCAGGAGUAUAUUGGAUUGUCCCCCACUCAGGGCAAUUGUGAACAAGCCACGCCUGACGCCAGACGAGAUGAACUUUCUCAAAAAGUCGGCAUGUGGGUUCAUCGGCAAUAUACCAAAAGUGUGUUGUGCAAUAGAUACUGAACAACCUCGUCCUCCUCCAGCUGAGCCGAAGACUUGCUUCACACCGGAGGGCAACCAGGGUCAAUGUAUAAGCGUUUUUCAAUGUGACCACAUUACAAAGAGGUUGCAGUCCCCUACGGUCAGUGCUGAAGAUAGAGCUUAUGUCAACAGUCUAAGGUGUGUGAAUUCCAACCCCGGCUUCAACGUGUGCUGCGGGCCACCUCCAGGGCCACCACCACCAACCGGAGUAUGUCAGCCUGCUGCGGCACCGCCCGACCCCAGGACAGAAUGCUGCGGGAUGGAUGGAAGCAGCGCUAACAAGAUUACCGGCGGAAAUGCAACAUCAAUAGAUCAGUACCCAUGGCUAGCGAUUGUCGAGUACAAAAAGGACAACAAGAUCAAGCUGCUUUGCGGCGGCGUGCUCAUUUCUGGACGCUAUGUACUCACGGCGGGUCACUGCGUGAAAGGGACAGUGCUCGAUGCAGGGACGCCAACAAAUGUGCGUCUGGGCGAAUACGACACAUCAAAUAGCGGUCCCGACUGCGUACCCGUAGAAGGUGGAGAGCCCGGAGAUAUGGACUGCACCACGGACCCGGUUAUCAUCCGUAUUGAGCACAUCAUUCCCCAUCCCGAGUACAAUCCACGCAGCCCGCUCAGGAGACAUGAUAUCGCCAUGCUAAGGCUUUCAGAACUUGCACCCUAUACAGAUUUUAUCAGGCCGAUUUGCCUGCCAACAAGGGAUAUAACCUCCAGCAUACCUUCCUCUGGGAAGUUAUUUGCAGCCGGCUGGGGAGCCAUCAAUGAAACACAUUCCAGCAGCAAUAUCAAGCUACACGUCGACUUGCCUUACAUUAGCAUUGAGCAAUGUCAGCCAGCUUACAACGUGCCCAAACGCCGAGUCACGUUGUGGAGCGGCCAGGUGUGCGCUGGUGGCGAGAAAGGCAAGGAUUCCUGCAAAGGGGACUCAGGAGGGCCUCUCAUGUACUCCGAGGGAUCAACAUUCGAGGUGGUUGGGAUCGUCAGUUUCGGCCCGACUCCAUGCGGACUGGAAGACAUUCCUGGGGUGUACACCAAAGUGUUUGAAUACUUGCCAUGGAUUAGAAGCAAUAUUCAGCCGUGAUUUUAGACUGACUUUAUGAAUAACAAUUUAUUAUAACAUUGAUGCCAUCCUAUUGGUCAGCAUUUGCAUAAAUCAAAAAGAUACUAUAGCUUAUCUUAUGCUCUAAGAAUUAGGCUCUGUUUUGCGUUGCGUACCAUCAGUGACAAUGACAAAGCAAUGCAAAGGUCAGUAAAUUUUUUUUCGGUAGGUUCUAAGUGUUUAUUAGUAAAUGAUAAGUGAUAUGUAACUGUUUGAUAAUGACAUAGAAACAUGCAUAUAAUAGUUUUCAACAAGAUAAGCUUUAUUUAUGCUUUUUGGCCUCUUGACUAAAUAUUUAUGAGAUUUGUGGUACAUAAUGAGUACUUGCACAUUUGUCAAAACAAUGUGAUAUAAUAGAAUGAACUGAUUCAAUAGGUUAACGACUUAAUGAGAUUAAUUGAUGAUUAAAUAAUAAGCUUUAUAA